CCUUUCGAUCCUUACACUUUGGGGAACAAGGUCGUGAGGAAGCAGGGCGCGUUUUGCGGCCGCCAUUUCUUCCGCCUUCAGUCUCGAUCUUUUGUAGAGCUUCCAACAGCGCUAUGUUGGGACAGAGCAUCCGGAGGUUCACAACCUCUGUGGUUCGUCGGAGCCACUACGAGGAGGGUCCAGGGAAGAAUAUACCUUUUUCAGUGGAAAACAAGUGGAGGUUACUAGCUAUGAUGACUUUGUUCUUUGGGUCUGGAUUUGCUGCACCUUUCUUUAUAGUGAGACACCAACUGCUUAAAAAGUAACCCAUGAGACAGAUAGGAAGAGGAACAUAUUAAGAGGUGCAGUCUCUUAAAAGGAUCAAACCCUUGAACUCAGCAUCCUAGAUACGUUUGUAAAUAAACUUAUGGCAUAAA